UCAUCCCGCUAGUCGCUAGAUCCAUUUUCCUCCAGCUAGAUUGAAAGCCAAACCUCGAUUUAGUGGGAAAACAGCUAAAUUGGCAUCACUGUAACAAUGUCUGCCGCUGACGAAUGACUGACGGGAUGCGCAGUGGACUUGUUAAUGUAAAUAAACAGAGUUAAUGGCUCAUUUAUUAUGAUAAAUUACAUCUAAUGACCUGAAAUAUCUUUAACAGAGUCAUAAACUGUACAUGUAGUAUGUAUACCUUCGCAUGUGUCACUAGUGUUAUUGACUAAUAAAAAAAGAUAAACAAUAACAAACAAUAAGAUGGCCUGAACCACUGUGUCAAACUAUUGUGAUAAAGAAUAAUAUAAUGUAUAGCUUUAAAAAACACAAAAUUCAGUUAAAAAUCUAUAUCAGGCUGAUGAAAGAAAACGUAAGUGUCAACACGGGACAAUAAAAAUGAAGAUUGACGCCACAAAGACUUUUACUAUAAUAGUCUUCAAGAGCUGCAGAAUAUAUUGUUUACUGAAGAGAACAAAAGUAAAUAGGAUGACAACUGCUUAAAGACACUGGUGACUUCACAUUCAAGGCCAAAUGAAACAUCAGGUAGAAACUCACGAUGUCAAGUGAAGAAGAAAAGUUCUUUUGUGAGGAAUGUGGUAAACUGUUCUACAAGAAGCUCAGUCUGCGGAGACAUCUACUUGUGCACAGGAGUGUCAAAAAAUACAAGUGUGAAGAGUGUGGGAAGUUGUUCUCUCAGAAAUGUAAACUUGAAAGACAUUUCCUUGUGCACAGUGGCAUAAAAAAAUUUAAAUGCGAAGAAUGUGGGAAAACAUUUACACAUAAGAGUACUCUAACUGAUCAUUAUCUUGUGCACACUGGUAUCAAGAAAUUUGAAUGUGAUGAAUGUGGGAAACAUUUUUCUCAUAAGAGUACUCUUAAGGAUCAUCUGGUCAUGCACACUGGUGUCAAGAAAUUUGAAUGUAAUGAAUGUGGGAAACAUUUCUCACGUAAGAGUACUCUCAAGGAACACCUGCUUGUUCACAGUGGUGUAAAAAUGUUCAAAUGUGGUGAAUGUGGGAGACAUUUCUCACGUAAGAAUACCCUCAAUGAUCAUUUAGUUGUACACAGCGGUAUAAAAAAGUUUAAAUGUAGUGCAUGUGGGAAACAGUUCUCACAGAGGAGUACCCUAAGGACACAUUUACUUGUGCACACCGGUGUUAAAAAGUUUAAAUGUGAAGAGUGUGGGAAAUAUUUUUUACAUAAGAAUAAUCUUAAGGAUCACUUACUCCUGCACAGUGGUAUAAAGAAAUUCAGAUGUGAUCAAUGCGGGAAACAUUUCACCCAAAACAGCACUCUCAAAAAGCAUUUGCUCGUGCACACUGGCAUCAAAAACUUUAAAUGUGAUGAGUGCGGGAAACUCUUUUCACACAAGAGUAACCUCAACGACCACGUGCACGUACACAGUGACGUCAAAAUCUUUGUCUGCGGUGAAUGUGGGAAACAUUUUUCUCACAAGGGUCGUCUGAAGACACACCUACUGGGACACAGUGAUGUGAAGAAGUUUGGGUGUGGAGAGUUGUUCUCCCAUAAGAGCAUCCUCAAGGAUCACUCACUCAAGCACGGUGGCAUCAAGAAAUUUGGUUGUCAUCACUGUGGGGAACACUUUGAACAGAAACAUGGUCUUAAGAAGCACUUGCUUGUGCACGAAAAGACAUAGAUCAAAUGAAUGAAAGAAUAUGUAAAUACAAAAGCGGAACCCAAGGAGACAGUCAACAUGAUGUACCUUUCUUAGUGUACAGUAAUAGCAUCCUGUUUGGUAUUGAACUUAAAACUCACAACUUUUAUCACAAAACUUCAACAAUGACAAAAUAUAUAACUUCCAUUCUCUUUUAUAUACAGUACUGUGGCACUCAACCCAUCUUGAAUGAUAUAUUGUAAACAUGUUUGUGUGUUUUGACUACUGUGGUACCCUGUUUGAGACCAUCACAUACAGCAUAUGACAAACUUUAUCCCUUGUUAUCUUACAAUUGUCAAGUGAACAAUAAAUUAUAUACUGUAUGUUUUCUUAGAUUUUGUGUUUAGUAAAUAUAUAACUAGUCACUUAUUGUAUCUUAGCUGAAGCACAUAGAUAGUAUAUGAACAAAUAUAUGACUGCUCUAAAUCCACUGUGAUUUAAACAGGUUGACUUGGUUUUAUAGUGUUACAUAGUGAGUUAGAGCAAGUUAUAAUAUAGGCUGUAAGGCAGAGUUACUGUAUUAUUAGUCUCUAAGGUGUAAUAUUUCACAUGUACUGUACUGUAGUUCAUGUACAGAGUGGUGCACCAUACAAAAUAUUUAUCUUCUUAUCUUUUUGUCUUUUUUAAGCUGAGGAAAUCAUAAGAAAUCAGUGAAAACGACAGAGAAAUUAUAACACAAGAAUAAAAACACCAUUAAAUACUCACGUAUGGAAACCCAACACCACUAUGUCGACUUUUAUCUUUCCGGACAUGAACAUUGCACCAACUCCUUCCUCUGGUGUUAAUUUAUCUUGUCAUCUUUGUUUAACUAUGGUGUACUGUAUCAACUAUGAGACAUCCAGUGAAGUAUAUAGAUUGACUUGGAGGUGAUGCAUCAGUAAACAUAUAGAGCUUAAAGGGCCAGUUUGUGCAUUGAGAGAGAGACAAUACCUGUACAGUACACAGUACAGUAUAUUUGAACAAUAAUAUUUGAGUCAGUAAUAAACAUAAACACAAAUACAGUAUUUACUUUAGUCGAUAUAAUGUGUAGUUAUGUAGAGUAUAGGUUCCUGUAGAGUGAUUUACUGUAUUAUGAAGGGAUUAUCAUAGCUGUGUUGUUUAAUACUGUUGUAGUAAUUUUAAUGUACUAAUUGUAUUGGAUAUUGUAUUAGAGUAUUGCAUUACUCCAACUAUUGUAUCGUACUAAAGCAAAGAUGUCUAAUAAAAUGGUCAAAUGUG